AUGAGAACACUCGAAGAGACCCGAAAGAGAUGGGAGGUUCUGUUUCCUGGCCAUGACACCAACGCGGACCUGCGGGCCGCGUUAGAUGCUGAGCAGGGAGGGACACUUUGCGCUGACGGGCUCAGGUCAAUUGUUUGGAAGAGAUUCCUUAUUUUCGAUCAUGUCGAGCGCGAGAAUUGGUCCCGCAAGCUCGCCGAAUCGCGCGAUGCCUACACUGCCAUGCGCGCCCAUUUUCUCAAGUACAUCGAACAUCCAGAUGACCUUGAAUCAACCGUUGACCCCUUGGCGGAUGAUGAGCAGUCCCCUUGGCAGACGCUGCGGAAUGACGAAAAACUGCGGGCUGAGAUCGUCCAAGAUGUCGACCGCUGUCUGCAGGAAAACUUUUUCUUUCAAGAGCCAUCUACGAAGCAGAAAUUGACCGACAUUCUCUUUGUCUACUCCAAGCUGAACCCCGACGUGGGCUACAGGCAAGGUAUGCAUGAACUGCUGGCUCCGAUUGUGUGGGUUAUGGAUCGAGACUCGCUCGAGCGUUCAUCCCCUCGAAGCAUCGAGGACGAUCUCAUGCAGGAUCUUCUUGACUCUCGAUUCGUCGAGCAUGACUCCUUUACACUCUUUCUUUCCGUCAUGCAUACGGCUCGGGUAUUCUAUGAACACGGAGAAACGAAAUCAACGAAUGGUCAGGUUGACGUGAUACCGAUUGUGAGCCGAUGUCAAUACCUCCACCAAGAGGCGCUGUCGGUUAUCGACCACGAACUCGCAGAACACCUGCGUGCUGUGGACGUGCUUCCGCAAAUCUUUCUGACUCGUUGGAUGAGGCUACUAUUUGGGAGGGAGUUUUCCUUCGAAGAGGUUCUUGAGAUGUGGGACUUGCUUUUUGCUCAUGGUCUUCGAUCCGAGUUGGUAGAUUUCACGUGUAUUGCAAUGCUGCUGCGCAUCCGUUGGCAGUUACUCGAUGCCGAUUACUCGGGCGCACUGUCGAUCCUGUUACGCUACCCGUCUCCAGAGCCACACUCACCGCAAGCAUUUGUGCAAGAUGCCCUCUACCUGGAACAAAAUCCCACAGCUGAACGGGGCGGCUUCCUUAUUGCCAAGUAUUCCGGUAGGCCACCCGAGUCCCCUCUGACCCACAGUCGCUCCCUUGUCCGGCCGGCCAUGACGUCCAGGCUCUGGGAGGAAUUCAAACGGCGCAGUGAGAGCACCUCCCCAAUUUCUGCUUCGGCACGAAAUAGCCCGAAGAGCCUUGAGACCCUGUUGCAGGACGUUUCUCAAGGUAUCCAGCGGCGCACCGAGGCCUGGGGAGUGGCCAAAGCAGUCCGUGGGGCUGUAACGGAGGCACGGAGGAAUAUGCCGACUAUGAAUUACGACGCCGCUUCUCGGCUGGGUGCUACACGUUCUGAACCGUCAAGCACGGCGGCGCAAGAAUCAACGACCGCCGAGCUUGGAUUACAGACCAGGUUGGAUCGUCUGCAAGAAAGGAAUCAAGAACUGGCAAGCACUUUGAGCGAAGCGCUUAAAGAUCUUCGUGAGCAAUUGGGCAGUCGUGAUGACUCUGGUGCUUCCCCGAAUGAGUCGGUCAAAGGCGCUCUUGAUCGAAUCGAGUCCGUGAAAAAAUGCCUCGCGGACUCGAUCGUGCCAGCGGCAGCAAGCGCCAAUAGUAACGCCCCCCGUCCGGAUGUUGCUCGAUCCGACUCGCCUCAGUCACCGGCACCGGUCACAGAUCCAGCCCACCCUCCCAAAUCCCCGAGUGUUUCUGAGCCAUUGCCUCGAUCUCCACCUGUCGUGAAUAUGCCCAAUCUCAGUACCGGACGGGCGACCAAGAGACCUGAUGCACAAACCGAUGGACUCGUGAGCUCAGGUCGGGAAAGGCCACGAUCCGUCGUUCGACCAUCGCUGUCGGACGCUGGGUUUUCAUGGAUGUUAGGAGGCAACCGGACUCUUUCCACUUUCGUCAGUCCGGCCUCGGUACCUCCGGAGCAAACACGACACCAUGACCACCCUCGGGGUAGAAAUGGGCCUCUCUUCAAGAAUCAUGCCGAUGACACCCCCAAGACCGCGGAAGCCGACCGUGAUGAACUUGCUCUGCACAAUUUAUCCGGCUCCAGAGGUCCGCUAUGA